AUGAUUAUUGAAAAAUUUAGAAAUCCCUAUAAUACAUACAUCCAAAUCAAAGAUAAUCCUAAAUUAUUGUUUAAGAUCUCUUUCUAUUCAUUUGCUCUACUACUUUUAUCGCAAUUACCACCAUUUGUAUUCAUUAUUUUUAUUAGGCAUGUGCUUGUUUGAUAAUUAGUUAUUUAACAGGUAAAAAGUUCUUUGAGAUUUAUUUUUACAAACACUUAAAAGAGGGAAUCAUGGAUAUGUUUCCAUAAGGUUUAAAAGAUGCAUUGAUGAAGAGAUCCAUUUUUGAUCUUCUUUGUGACAUUUGGUUUAUGCCUAAAUUUUCAUUAUAUAUUAGAGCCUUCCUUAAACCAUUUGUUGCUAAUAUAGAUCCUGAAAAUGUAAACCUUAUAUCUCUAUUUAAUUUAUAGGCUGAACAAGCUCUUGAUGGACUCCCUUAUGAAGACAGAUAAAUCAUCACCAAAAAAGGAAUAAUCAAUACACUACCAAUGUUACUUUAAACUACUGUUGAUACUACCUAACAAUAAAUUAAUGAUAGUGAAGUUCCUUUAACUCCUCAUACUCCCUCAAAAAUUAAACAAAAAAAAAACAGAUAUGAUAGAAAAUAAUAUAAUAGAACCAAAUCUAAAAGAGUUUUUAAAGAAGAUAAAAUUGUUUCAACCUUUAAAAUGCCAUGGACUAUUGUCAAAACAUAUGAAGAUGACAGAGUUUCUAUUAUGUCAUCAUAAUCUGACAUAGAUUUCUCAAAUUAAUAAAACAUUUCCAUUGUUGAAGAAAUGAAACCAUUACCUCCCUUUUAGGAAAAUGUUGGAUUCAAAAAUAUUGAACUUGUGCUUAAACCAUAAACUAAUUAAGAAUAAAUUAAAUGGGAUAACCUUGAUAAUUUCUAUAAUCAAGUUAAAGACACUGUACCAGGAAGUCAUAAAAGUAUUCAUUUUCUAUUAUCAUUAAAUUAGGACCUCUAGAGAUGAUUUUAAAAAUCACUAAUCUAAUUAAUAAUUUAGUUCAUUUCGAAAAAAGAAGCAAACAAAUUUUAGCUAUCAACAAUAAUGCUUUAAUUAAGGCAUUUAUUAUAUCAGCAGUAUUAUAUAUAAAUAUAUUUAGGUUGCAUUAGCAUUUUAAUCAUACAUUUCUACUAGAACAAGAAGAUUGAUGAUGCAAACUAUUAUGAUUAUUUGUUAUCUUGGAAGUGCAGGAAUAGCUACAGGAACUCUAGGUCUGUUUCUUGUCAAAAUUGUUAAUCAAAACAAAAAGAAAAGAAAUUGAAUUUAAUCAUUUUAUUAAUAGC